UCAAACAGGCCAAGCCCAUGACACUAUGAGAGGCCUGGUCCAAAUAUUAUCCAGCCCACUCGGUUUCUUCCCAGCUCAGUCGGGAAGAUGAAAAGGGCAAGGAUUCCCGGCACAAGUUUGUUGUUCCUCUUAUCCGCGGAGGAAGAACGUUGGCUCGACACCAUGCUCCCAAUGGCCGUCCACCCCACGAGCACGCCGUCCCUGUCGCCGCGCGCCCGCGUCUCCCCGCCCAGGCCUUCCACCUCUCUGGCCGCCACCUCGUCCUCGCCCUGCUCUCGCAUCGUCAGUUUCAAGAGCAGGAGGCUGCCACUUCGCUCUGUCCGCAGCGUCGUCGCCGCUGCCGCUGCCGCCGCUGCAGAGGAAGAAGAGAAUAAGGUGGUGGUACCUGAGAGGCAGGACCCGAUGCUGGUGCUCAAGUUCAUCUGGAUGGAGAAGAACAUCGGCAUAGCUCUCGACCAAUUGGUUCCUGGCUAUGGAAGCAUCCCGUUAAGCCCAUACUACUUUUGGCCGCGAAAAGACGCGUGGGAGGAGCUUAGAGCGAAGUUGGAAGAGAAAGAGUGGAUCUCACAGAAGCAGAUGAUCAUCCUUCUCAACCAGGCCACCGAUAUCAUCAACCUCUGGCAGCAGGGUGGCGGGAGCCUCUCGACAUGAGUUCCUCCCCACCCUGUUCUUUCUUCAACCUUGCAAGCUUGUGUUUUGUUGGUUAAUUGGUUUCCUUACAUGCCCUCUCUGUUGUUAAUUUUGAAGUUAUGGUACAUAAUGUAGAUCAGUCGAAUCUGUUCUCACGUA